CAGCACUUUUGACUUCACAAAUUUAUCUUGAUGAAUAGAUCAUUUGAAAAGAAGGACUAUUAUUAUUAAUUUUCACUUCCAAAACAACGGACUAUGCUGUCUUCAGCAUUCCUUCUCGGCCUACUGACAGUCGUCACUACUGUUCUCUCUAAAACAGUAGAAUAUGAUUUCAACGUUACCUGGGUCCUCGCCAACCCCGAUGGUGCCAAAGCACGACCAACGAUUGGCGUCAAUCAUGCCUGGCCUUUGCCGCAGAUUCAAGCUGACAUUGGGGAUACCAUAGUUGUGAAUGUGCUCAACUCGUUGGGCAACCAAUCCACGGCUCUGCACUUUCACGGCAUUUUCAUGGAGGGCACCCCCCACAUGGAUGGGACGGCUCAGGUUUCCCAGUGCGCUAUCCAGCCUGGAUCAUCCUUCCAGUACAAAUUUCAGGUCAACCAGCCAGGAACGUACUGGUAUCAUGCCCAUGCGGAGUCGCAGUACCCGGAUGGACUUCGUGGCCUCUUGAUCGUGCACGAUGCAGCCUCCCCGUACCAUGAUGAUUACAACGAGGAGAUUGUUUUCUCGAUCUCGGAUUGGUAUCACGAGCAAAUGCCGGAGAUGAUGCCACACUAUCUCCAUCAGUCUAUGCUCCAUGAUCCCACGCCGGACUCGAGUUUGAUCAACGACACUCAGAACCUCCAGAUCCCGGUUCGACCUAACGAGAAAUACCUUGUUCGGAUUGCAAAUAUCGGUGGCUUCAUGGGACAAUAUCUCUCAAUCGAGGACCAUGAGAUGACGAUCGUGGAGGUGGAUGGUGUCUAUACAAAGCCAGCACAAGCACAGACCAUCUAUAUCGCCGCGGGUCAGCGCUACGGGGUUUUAAUUGAGGGCAAGAACAAUGCCAGCCGCAAUUACGCUAUUACCGUGACCAUGGACAAGGCUUUGAUCAUGAUGGCCCACUCGCGACCUCAAGUCACUGUUACCGGGUGGUUAGUCUACGAUCCGAGCCGGCCACUCGACGAACCAUCCGCAGAGAUCGACAUCUCGCAAGCAAUUGACGACAUUACGCUGGAACCGUAUGACGGGGAACCACUCUUCACCUCACCGGAUCAGAGCAUCACUCUAAAUAUGGGAACGGCCCGACUUGCGGAUGGAAAAAGCCACUGGACCUUCAACGACAUCGCCUACACCCCGCCCGAAUACCCGACCUUAUACCACGCCCUCGAAGCCGGGGCUCUAUCCACCGACGCCGCCACCUACAACCAAACCACCAACACCUUCAUCCUCGCCGAAAACCAGACCGUAGAACUGGUGGUCAACAACGGCCACAUGAGCCGCCACCCGUUUCACCUGCACGGUCACAACUUCCAAGUGGUCUACCGCUCCGAGGCCGGGAACGGCAGCUUUGCGGACACCGGAGCGACCGAGGCGGAUUUUCCUAGGGUUCCCAUCCGGCGCGACACAGCCAUUGUCCAUCCCGGUGGGAAUCUGGUGCUUCGGUUUCGAUCGACGAAUCCUGGGGUCUGGAUCUUUCACUGCCACAUGGAAUGGCACGCAUACUCGGGCCUCGUGCUCACCAUCGUCGAAGCCCCGCUGGCUUUGCAGGAGCGGAUGCGGCUCACCACUCUUAUCCCGGCGGAUCAUCUCGCUGCUUGCGCGCCUGGGCAGUCCUUGUUGUCAGGAUCGGGUGUUGCGGCCGAUGAAGCGGUCCCAUCUUCCACGCCAGCGGAGAUUGAGGGCGAUGGAGCGAGUUCCGACACCGUGGGUGAUCACAAAAGCUCUGCUGCUGCUGCUGCUGCUACUGCUGAUAGCAAUUGGAACCGGGCGGGCGCUUACCUCGGUUUCUUGGUGGUCAUGAUGAUAGCCACGGGGGUUAUUGUCUGUCGCGAAGUGCGGUGGUGUGCUUGCUCUGGACGAGAGACAAAGUACGCACCGCUGCGCGCGGGAGCUACGGGAGCUGGGGCUGUCUCUGCCUGAGCUUUUGGCGGGGGUCACUUGGUAAAUUGUGGAUGAACAUGCGGUCGCUAUUGCAAGGCUUGUACAUAAAAGGACAUGACCAGAUUAUGCAGUCCCGUGCGACCCUGUUUGUAUAAAGGUUGUGUUGAAGGUGCUUGGUGUAUAUAUUUUCGAUAAUAU